AUGGGUUUAUCUCAUCUUGCAAUAUUCUACAAGAUUCAUGGGCACCAUGUCAUUGAUGGUGGUAGCCAUGCCGCUAUAGUUAUUGUUAUUGGGUGGAAUAGUGUCCACCUCAUUGGGUCGAUUGCAUCGAGGGGUGCCUUCUCCGUUUCUGUCGACUUCUUUUCCAAAAAGGAAAACUUCCAUUGGAGAUGUACCUCGGUAUACGGACCUAAUGUUCGUCAGUUAAAGGCUGAAUUUUGGGAGGAGAUUCGGGGUCGUUGCCCUGCCCAGGGUGUUCCUUGGGUGGUUGGUGGUGACUUCAACGCAAUUUUCGCUUUGGAGGAUAAAAGUGAUGGGCCUCCAAACCUUAGGGAUAUCCGGGAUGCGUCUUCUUUCCUUAAUGAUUUGAGUCUUUUCGAACCCCCAACUGUGGGUAGAAGGUUUACGUGGUCGAAUGGGCAAGUCAAUCCUACUUGGGUGAAGCUUGACAGGUUUAUUGUCAAUAGGACUUGGGCCGAGAUGUUUCCUAGAUUGAUCCAAAAUUGCCUCCCUCGUCUAGGUUCUGAUCAUGUUCCGAUUAGGCUUGAGGUGGGUAUGCACUGCUCUAACCCAAGGCCGUUCCGUUUCGAGCUUGCUUGGAAUACCGUGGACGGUUUCGCCGGUUUGAUCUCCCAGUGGUGGAAUAGUUUCAACCCGCAGGGGUGCGAGGCUUUUGUGCUAUCCAAAAAGUUGCAAUGGCUAAGGGAUAAACUGCGUGUUUGGUCCAAGGAGAGUUUUGGUUCCAUAAAACUGCGAAAGUUGGCCCUUCUUCAUGAGUUAGAGUUUUUGGAUAUCACCAAAGAAUCCAGUUUGGGUGAGAUUCGUAAACAGGAGGAGCUGUACUGGAAACAGAGAUCUAGAUUGCGUUGGCUCCAGGAAGGGGAUGAAAAUACAAAGUAUUUUCAUUCAGUCGCAAAUGGCAGAAAAAACACCAACUUUAUACCCUCUGUCAAGGUUGGUGAGGUUUCGGUCUCGGAGGUCAGGGAGAUCGGGAAAGUGUUUGAAAAUCAAUUUCGAGCGUUAUUUGGUCAACAACGCCCGUUCCGCUUUAAGGCUGACCUGAAUAGGCUCUUGAGGAAUAAAGCUAGGGUUGAUUUAUCUCACUUGGAGCGUCCUUUCUCUAUGGAGGAGGUUAAAAAGGCGGUCUUUGACUUAGGUAGUGACAAGGCUCCGGGUCCUGAUGGUUUUCCAAUGAUGUUCUUUAAAAUUUUUUGGGAGAUUGUCAAAGUUGAGGUUUUGAAGUUGUGUGAAGACUUUUACUCUGGGGAGGCGAACUUGGAACGAUAUGUUAGAUAUCAACGUGGACUGCGGCAAGGUGAUCCGUUGUCGCCUUUAUUGUUUGUUUUGAUUACGGAUGUGCUGAGUACUUUGUUUGAGAACGCGCUGAGUUCCCAUAUUUUGGUUGGAAUACCGGUUGGGGAUUUUGGUAGCAUUUGUAAUUUGCACUAUGCGGACGAUCUCCUAAUUUUGACCACUGGUGGGCCGGAAGACUUGAGAAUUAUUAAGUUGAUCUUACUGAUGUUUGAAGGACUGUCGGGGCUGGAAACCAAUUUUGCCAAGACUUGUCUUUUUUCUACCAACAUGAACCAGCUUCCUGAUAGGUGGGCUGCGAGCACCUUCAGUUGUGCCGUGGGUCGUCUGCCGGUUCAUUAUCUUGGCAUUCCGAUUUCUGGAAGACGGCCUCGUAAACAAGACUGGAGGAACUUGAUCGAUAAAAUCAAAGGACGGCUGUCUUCUUGGAAAUCAAAUUAUCUCUCAAUUAGUGGAAGGCUUACUUUAUUAAACUCGGUCCUUUCCUCCUUGCCGACGUAUUGGAUGUCCAUUUUUAGAUUACCCAGAUGGGUAAUUAAGGACAUUGACCGGGCGCGCCGAGAUUUCUUAUGGUCGGGCCAUGACAUUGAUAUUCCUAAGUGCCGCCUUGUAGCUUGGCAGAAUAUUUGUCGUUCGAAGGAGCAAGGGGGUUGGGGCAUCUUGGAUUUAUACGCUUUCAACAGGGCCCUGCUGGGGAAAUGGAGAUGGAAAUUUUUGACUGACUCAAAUUGGUGUUGUGCGAAGGUGAUUAAAUUCAAUUAUAACUUGUCGUCUUGGAAUUUGUUUUGUCUACCUCGGGGCAGGGUUUCUUUCUUUUGGUCGGGGGUCCUGAAAGGCUUUUCGGCUUUUAAUGGGUGCGUCACGGUUAAAGUGUGUUCCGGAAUGGAAUCACUGUUUUGGAAGGAUAGAUGGCUCAAUGGCCGGGCACCAAUGCAUCUUUGGCCGAACGAAUUUUCGGCAUGUUCGAUGCAAAAUGCGACGAUGUUUGAUUUAAGGCAUCUUCUUAAUCGGCAACCUUUUUCGAGUGACCAUGAGUUUGUGUUGUUUCUUGCCAAUCGGAACUUUCCUUUUGGACCUAGAAAAGACUUGAAGCUUUGGAGUUUGACGGUCAAUAGAUCCUUCUCGGUUAAAUCCUUCUACGAUCGACUGAAUGACGGGGGGCUUCGGUGCCCUAUUGCUAAGUUUUUUUGGAAGGGCCCUUGCCCGAGGAAGGUCAAUAUUUUCAAUUGGUUGGUUUGGAAGGAUAAAAUUCUUACCCUUGAAAAUUUAGCUAAGCGCAGGUGCAACAAACUUCCGACUGCCACAUGUGUGCUGUGUCACGAAGCGGUGGAAUCGGUGGAUCAUCUCUUUCUGCAGUGUCGUUUCUUCCUUGAGGUGUGGGCGCAGAUUAGUAGGGUUUUACAGUUGCCGUCGCUUCCAAGUUCGAUGUCGUUUAUGUGGGGGGCCUGGAGGAAUGCCUUGCGGGCUGGUUCCUGCGUGGUUGGGGACGGGGCGAUUAAAGCUUUCGUGUGGGCGAUUUGGCUUACAAGAAAUGAUGUUAUCUUUUCUGAUAAAUGUGUGUGUCCGCAUGCUGUUGUAGUUAAAACUGAUCAUUUCAUUUUAUCAUGGUUCUCUGCAGCUUCUGAGGGAUUGAGAUCGACGCUUGAGGAUUCCAUUUCCUCUAUUCAGCGAAGUUUAGAGUUCACGGGACCUCAGUCUGAGGGGGCAGGGGCAGCUCAUACGACUGAGGAGGCUAUGGAUAUGUCUGUGGGGUAG